AUGUCAUUGAACCGUCGUCACCGAAGGAAUUUGGCGGAUGCAACGUAUGAAACUGGUAUAAACACAAGUUCGGAGGAUUUAUAUCACAGCGACGAUCAUUAUCAAAAUACUGACUCAGAUUAUGAUGUGAGCGAUAGAACUUAUGCUAAUUAUUCAGAAUUGCGACCGUCACGGCAUCUUAGUCGACGAGAUAUCGAGCGAAUCAACUAUCGAAUGAUUAAUGAAAGAGUUGUUGAAGAUGUUACGAUAGAGUUCUUCUAUAAACCUCGUACCAUUUCAGUGCUUGUUGCCAUUUGUGCUUUUCUUCUUCUUCCUGCGUUUUUACUCGAGGACGUAUUUUCUGACAGAAAUGUCCUUAAUGGUUUUCUAGCCACUUUUGUGCUUUUCAUAGUUAUCAGUGCUCUUGCAUUUCCAAAUGGGCCAUUCAUUCGACCCCACCCGGUUUUUUGGCGAAUUGUUUUUGGUAUAAGUGUAACAUACGUAAUGCUUCUUCAGUUUGCACUUUUUCAAAAUUUUGCGGAUAUAAAGAGCAUAUUGAAGUGGCUUGAUCCAGAGAGAUUAAAUAAGGACAAGUUGGAUGAAAAAGAAUAUGCGAUAAACUGUUCUGAUGUGACACUUGAACGAAUGUGGAGCCAUGUUGAUAUAUUUGCGGUUGCACAUUUCCUUGGUUGGGCAAUAAAAGCACUGCUAAUACGACAUUCAAUUAUAUGUUGGUACAUAAGUAUUGCAUGGGAAUUAACCGAGGUUUUUUUCGCUCAUCUUCUACCAAAUUUUCAAGAAUGUUGGUGGGAUGCAAUAAUUCUGGAUGUGCUUAUUUGUAAUGGCCUUGGUAUCUGGGUUGGUAUUAAAUGUGCAAAUUUUUUUGAAAUACGGCAGUUUCAUUGGGAGAGUGUCAAAGAUAUCAAAACGACACGUGGUAAAUUUAAGCGUGCUGUUUUGCAGUUCACGCCAGAAAGCUGGAUUAAAGUCGAUUGGUAUAAGAACUGUGCUAUACGUCGCACUUUGACUAUUUAUUCAUUCGUCAUGAUUUGGCUGGUCAGCGAACUGAACACAUUUUUCUUGAAGCAUAUUUUUGCUGUUGAUACUUCGCAUCCACUGGUAUCCUUUCGUUUAGCUCUUAUUUCAUUCAUAUCAGCACCUACAAUAAGGCAAUUUUAUAUGUUUGCAACGGAUCCACGCAUUAAAAGAAUGGGUAUGCAGAGUUGGGUUUAUUUAGCUAUUUGUGUGCUAGAAGCUGCUGUUUGUGUAAAAUUUGGUCGUCCUCAGCUUCCUCCAGUAAAGAUAACUCUUAUUGUUUGUUGGAUUGCAUUUAUGGCUUUUGGGACAUUCGCGUGUGUUUGGUUAUCAGUUUGGUGGGUCCGAGCAUCUUCGUUGACGAAACCAGUCUCGGUUAAUGGAUGCAUGCGGCAGUGUUACAUAGAUUCGAGUUAUGAAAAUCUUGGUGUGAUUGCAGAUGAUGUUAAAGCUCGACGGAAAAAACUCAAUCUUUUCUGCACAGAUUCCUCAUAA